UGCCUUGGAAAAAACAAUGAUGUGAUGUUGAGAAUCAAUCUCAUAUUCACUCUGCUUCCUUAUGUAUUACUAUAUAUGCUGGAGCUUAUGUGUCUAUGCACCAAAUGUGGCUUCCCAAAUAAGAAAGACUGUAGGGUGGGCUCACUCACAUACUGGAUAGGUGACUCAGAAUUAUAGUCCUAGUUUCACUCCCUUAGGAAAAUCAGAAAGGACGGUGAGUUGUUAAAAAUGAAUUUCUUUCAGAAAUGGAAGGCAAUUGCUGUAAUGAUUUUUGUUGAAUUUGCUCUGGCUGUUGUAAAUGCUCUAUGCAAAAAGGUUCUCAAUGAAGGAGUGAAUCAAUUGGUGAUCACUACAUACAGGUUAUCAAUCGCUGUGAUUGUCUUAACCCCCAUCGCAUGUUUCCUAGAAAGGAAUUUUAUAUCACAUUUGACAGGUCGCGUUGUCUGUUCUCUGUUUUUCAGUGCAGUUUUGGGGGGUACGUUCACUCAAAAUUUCUUCCUGUUUGGACUAAAGUACACCUCAUCAACAUUUAGUUGCGCAUUCAUCAAUAUGGUUCCCAUCAACACAUUCAUCAUGGCAUUAUUACUUGGGCAAGAGAACCUAAACAUGAAAUGCAAAAGUGGGAGAGCGAAGGCAUUAGGAACCUUAUGUUGUCUUGGUGGAGCCUUAGUACUAACUCUAUACAAAGGAAUGCCAUUGAUAAAUCAGUCAGCACCAGAAGUUGAAGUGAACCACAAUAUAAAGAGUUGGAUUUUUGGUUCAACGUUUCUAUUCGCUGGGAGCGUCGCUUGGUCUUCGUGGUUCCUCAUACAAGCUAGGAUUGGGAAGGAAUAUCCUUACCAUUAUUCAAGCACAGCAAUAAUGUCAUUGCUUGGAGCCAUUCAAUCUGCAAUCUUGAGCUUGAUUAUUGACAGAAACACAUCCACAUGGUUUCUCAAAGGAACUUUAGAGAUCUCAACUGUCAUAUAUGCUGGAGUGGUGGGAUCAGGUUUAUGCUAUGUGGUCAUGUCAUGGUGUGUAAAGCAAAAGGGUGCAGUAUUCACCUCUGCAUUUUGUCCUCUCAUUCAGAUUUUUGCUGCUGUGAUUGAUAUCUCCAUACUUCAUGAACAAAUUCACCUUGGAAGGAUCUAAAGAAACAUCUCUUGAGGAAUGCUCUCUUUUCUCUGUUGAACCACAUUUCUGCGAAGGACCAGAAUAUGGUGAAACAUUGUCUGGAACACUAUUAUUCUUGCAAUAGGAUUCUGAUAAAUAGUCAUCAACUUUAUCAUAAUUUGACAUAUCAUCGUAAUCAUCCAUCCCAUCAUCUCUGUCCUUCUGAUCUUUAUGAAAUAUGAGGUCUGAAUUGGAAUUAUUGUCAUUGCCAGAGUCUGGAGAUCCGAAUGUGGUCCCAGCUACAGUAUGUGGAUUAUCCUUAGUUAUAGCCUCCUUAUUGUCUUGAAGAUUUUGAGGACUUUCUUGAGAAGUGAUUUGUUCGAUUUCAACAUCCAUUGUAGUGCAACAAUUUUCAAUUUUUCCAAAAUAAAAAAUAAAAUCGUCAUCGUUGUGCUUGGUGGUCACAAUAACCUGCUCACAAUGACUUCUUCGACAAAAUUGCUCUGAAUUUGAGUUCCAAUCCAAAGGAAAACUUAUUUUUAUCAUUUCAACUGUAAUCACUUCUUGGCCACUAGAAUCAGAAACAACAUAUUUUUUUUAUCUUUGAACAGUAAGAUAUAAUCUUGUUCUAGCAUUUGACCAAUACUCAAUAGAUUUUGGUCAAGAAUUGGUCAAGAUCAGGUACCGACAAAAUAUCUCGAAUAAAUUUAGUACUUUUGGGAUCUUUAAUUGCCACAGUUUCUUUACCAACAAUCUCCAACGUGGGUUUAUCGGCUAACUUGACACUACCUUUGGCAGAUUCCAAUUUCAUAAAAAUUCUUGUUUGCUGGUCAUGUGUAGAGUCCAACCACUGUCCAAAAACCAUGUGUUUUCGUCAUUCAAUCUUGUUGCUUCCAUCGCCAAAAACACAAACUCCUUCUAUUCUUCAACUUCUGAAACGUUGGCUUUUUGA